AUGACUCAUCUCUUGUGGAAAUCCUACUGGGAAGACGAUGUCGACAAGUUUCGACGCCUCCUCUCGCCCGCCGGCCAGGGCGCUCAGAAUGCCGCGCGGAGUUCGAACAUAGGGGCUGCGGGGAGUCCUGGCCAUGGCCAUGGCACGCCACCGAGACCGACUCCAAAGUCGCGCAAGACUCAGGGGCAUUGGAAUGGAUCGCUUGGUCGGAACGAAGUCAACAGCCGUGACCAUGCCGGUCUGACGAUAUUGCUGCGCGCAGCCUCCUCGACCGCCGAAAACGCCGUUUCUUUUGUCGAAGCUCUGCUCGGGCACCCCGCCAUUGACAUCUACGCCCAGGACCCGGAGAGUGGUUGGAAUGCGCUCCAUAGGGCUCUGUAUGCGGGCAACAUUUCCAUUGCGAGGAUGCUUCUUGAAAAGGAACGCGCCGACUUGACAGGGCACAUGAUUUCGGUGAACCGAGUGGGACAGCUUAUCAAGACGAAAGACCACGAAGGCAACAGUCCGUUUGACUUGUACAACUCGACGAUUGGAGAACGUAAUUUGAAGGAUUGGGAUAGUGCCCAAGUGGUCGACGAUGGGUCGGAUAGUGAUGACCCGGAGGAAACUGUUGAGAGCAUCACAGCCGCGAGUCACCGGAACGGCAUCGGAGAAGACCUGUAUGCCUUUGGAAGCAACAGAAACCUAUCCUUGGGCUUUGGGGACGAGGACGAUCGUCAGUUUCCCGAGCGAGUGUUUCUAAACCGCCCAGACCACCUCCUGCAACGAUUUUACAAUGAGUAUCUCGAAGAAAUCGGCGCCCAACGACCGGCGUCACAGGAUCUGUCCAAGAUUCCUGCUUUGGUCCUGAACCGGCCAUUGGUGAUUCAGGAUGUCGUGCUCUCCAAGCUCCACAGUGCAGUUCUAACAACAGAUCCGGUUUCUAACCUUUACAUCUGCGGUGUUGGACGUGGUGGCCGGCUGGGUCUCGGUGAUGAGAACACGCGCUUCACCUACGUUCCUGUGCAGGGCCCCUUUGUCGAUCGCAGGGUUGUCCAGGUGGCUCUGGGACAAAAUCACACCAUGGCUGUUGAUGACACGGGUGCUUUGUGGACCUGGGGCAGCAAUGCCCAGUCACAGCUAGGGUAUGCGCUUCCUGCUCCGGCGAGGAAGGACGAGGAGCCCAUCAGCACCAUACCUCGUCAAGUUUUUGGUGCCUUGAAAAAGGAGGUUGUUCUUGGCGUCGCUGCCUCAUCGGUACACUCGGUUGCUCACACGGGUGCAUCGCUUUACUGCUGGGGCAAGAAUCUUGGCCAGCUGGCCUUGAUGGAUGCUGACUCGAGAUCGCUUGAACACCAGCAAACCCCUAGAAAGGUGGCCGCGUCCCUUUUCUCGUCGCCGAUUGUCAUGGUCAGCGCCAUUGACAAGGCGACAACCAUCCUGCUGCAGAACCACACAGUAUGCAUCUUCACGGGCUAUGGUUAUCAUAUUGUCAAAUUCCCGUUCGCGAGCUUUGACUACAUCGGCAACCUCAGAUUGUCAAAUCGGCAUGAAGUAGGUUGGAAUCAGGUCAGCUACAUCACCUCGGGCGGAGAAACCAUUGCGGCGUUGACGAAACGGGGUGAUUUGUUCACCAUGAAUCUGGAUCACAAGAUGGAAACGAACCCACCGGCCACAUCGACGACGAACCCCUCCAAACUCAAGGGCGCCGUGACGGCACCUCAACGGAUCUGGAAUGCCAGUAAGGACGGGGUCUGUUCGGUUGGUGUCGGGGAAAAUGGUUCGGUGAUUCUCAGCACCAAGUCUGGAGCUGUGUGGCGAAGGAUCAAGCGUGUAAAAGGCAAGGGCGCUUCUUCCGCCAACAACAUUUCGGAAUCGAAGAGGAAUUUCAAGUUCCAGCGCGUCCCUUAUAUCACCAAGGUUGCUACUGUUCGGGCCUCCGCGUAUGGGGCUUUUGCUGCUAUCCGGGAGGACUCGGAGGUGAUGAAGCAGCAGCUGGCGGUGGAUGAGCAGACUCUGUGGGAUGAUGUGGCGCCGUUGAACUGUCUGGAGGGGUUUGAGGCUUCUGAGGAUGGGGAAUCCACGCAAGAAAGCCGGAAGUUUUGGGAGAACCCUGAUCUUGAGGCACGACUUGGGGAUAUCGCUUAUGAAAUCUUGAGGUCCCCGGAUCUGGAGAGAGACUUGGCUCAGCACCUGGCCAUGUGGGGAUGCCGAAACGAACCAUUGGACACGGUCGUUUGCGUGUCGUCCGCCCCUGAGCUCAAGAUUCCUGUGCACAGCUGGUUACUCUCUGCGCGCAGCUCGGUACUCCGACGAGCGUUGUCAGAGUUUCGGGGGACGGGCAGCUACGCACAUGAGUUGUUCACCGUUCACAAGGACGACGACGACGGCAGCAAAACGGUCGUUUGCCUCCAGGGCUUGGACCUGCUCACGCUGUUGAACCUCGUGCUUUUUGCCUACAGGGACCGGGUGGUUCCGGUAUGGAACUAUACGCGGCAUGCUCCUGCGCUGGCGUACCGGUACCGCCAGGUGCGGUUGGAGGUCAUGAGACUGGCCGCGCGACUCGAAAUGCACAACCUUGAGGCUGCGGCGAGGCUGCAGGUGGAACCGGAGAGGUGCAUGGAUGAGGACUUUCGGGCUGCGCUCAAGGGGGACAGGAGGCGGUUUUUUGAGGAUGGGGAUGCGCUGCUCGAGCUUGAUGGGACGGAGGUGGCUGUUCACAGCAGGUUUUUGUGCAGGCGGUGUCCGUGGUUUGAGGGCUUGUUCUUUGGGCGGUCCGGGGGGGCGUGGCUUGCUGGUCGUAGGCAGCAGGAGGAGAGGAUUAUCAGGCUUGAUAUGAAGCACAUGGACUCUACGGCGUUUGGGUAUGUGUUGCAGUAUCUUUACGCAGAUGCGGGGGAUGAGCUGUUUGACUCGGCGGUUUGCGACACGUUUGAUGACUUUUUGGAUCUGGUCAUGGAGGUCAUGUCGACUGCGAACUAUUUGAUGCUGGACCGACUGGCGCAGAUAUGCCAGAAGGUCAUGGGACGGUUUGCGAAUAUUCGGAAUAUUGCGCAUUUUCUCAAUGCGAUUGGGCCGUGUUCGGUUACCGAGUUCAAGGACGCGGGGUUGGAGUAUAUUUGUCUUCAGCUGGAGACGAUGCUGGAGAAUCACUUGCUUGACGAGCUGGAUGAGGACUUGUUGCUGGAGCUGGAUGCUGUGGUGAGGGAUAACCAGCUGGCGCAUUAUCCUUAUCUGGCGAGUUAUCGGGCGCAGCUGAGCAGUCAGUUGGAUGAUGCGGAGUUGGCGGAGGAUGUACUUGAGGAGAGGCAGGUUAGGGUUAGGGAGAUGGGGUUCAAGGUGCAGAAGGAGGAGGAGAGGAAGAUGGGUGUUGUGAGUGGGAGGACCAAGUUUGGGAGUCUGGAGGAGGGGAGUUUGUUCACGCCUACGCCUGAUAGGGUCAGGAAGGGGAGGAACGAGCCUUUUAGUCCGGAUUUGAAGGCGAAGGUGGAGCAGGGGGAUAUGAUGUUUGACAUGGAGGGGGAGGAGGAGGAUGAUUCCUCGCCUAUCAACAGUCCUUCCCUGCGACCCCGAAAGACUGGUGAAGUACCCGCGGAGGACAAGAUCGCACCGCUGGGGAGCUCGGUGAAGGGGAAGGGGAAGAAAGUCUGGAUGAGCCUUGAGCAGUCGUCGCCUCCGGUCAUCCCGUAUUCCGCGCCUAGUGCUGCAAAACCUACACUUGCUGCUACCCGUCCCGUGGAUGUAGGUGGUACUACUUCAGUCAAGACGGGGACUCCGUGGGGUGGUGCGGCUGCUGUGUUGACGGAGAAGCUUGACCUGAGGGGCAUCAUCCAGUCGGAGAGCCCCAAGUCGGCGCUGUCGGCGGGGUUGGCGGCGCAGAAGGUGAAGGAGGGGGGUGCCCCACGGCCUGCUCAAGGAAAGAUGAGCCAGAAGGAGAAGAAGAGGCAGCAGCAGGCGGAGAAGGACGCUCAGUUGGCGAUGGCGGCAUCGAAGGCGGAGCAGCAGUCGAAGAAUGCGUGGGAACGAGCCAAAGAUGAGUCCGCGUCCGCGGCACCGUGGAAGCUGGCUACUAUCAAAGGCCGGGGUGGACCUAAACCUCCUGUUCAGCCAUCACCACAACUCCUCCCUCCCGCCGUCAAACCGGUACAGACAAUAAGGAACGCCUCCCCCGACACGAGGUUUGCGGGUCAGCGUUCUACUCCUUCAUCCAGCGCUUCCAAACCUCCUGCUGUUCCUGCAAAGAAGGAAGAGCCCCUGGUGCCGCACUCGAAAAAUUACAUUAUGCCUGCGCACAAGCUGGAGAGGGACUUGAUGGCGGGCUUCACGAUGGAGGAUAUCAUGCAGCAAGAGAUUAGAGUCAAAGAGAGCGUGAAGGAGGCGGCGGCGAAGAGGAGCUUGGAGGAGAUUCAGCAGGAGCAGGCGUUUCAGGAGUGGUGGGAUGCGGAGGAGAAGAGGAUGAGGGAGGAGGAGGGGAGGAGGUUGGGUGGUGUUGGGGCGGGAGGGAGUAAAAAGGAGGGUGGUAACAAGAGGGGACGGGGGGAGGAGAGGUGGGGGUGGUGGUGGUGA